AGUAUGUCCACCCAUUUGGGCAUCAUUAAUUCCUGCUCCUGUUCUUGCCUCUGGAUCACCUUGAUGUUCAGAGAGGCAAAGAUAAAACUGAGAGGGUGGGUGUGUGUGGGCGUGUGUGUGUGUGACUGAAUGACAUGAAAGCAUGCGACCGGUCUGAGGCAUGGCAAAUUGAAACGGCCCAGGUGAGGAGGAGACUCAGGACUCUCAUCCUCCCCCUCCUCUUCCUCCUUGCUCCUUUCCUCCUCUCCCUUCUUCCCUCCCUGUGACGUGGUGUGUAUCAGUGUUUGCUGUGUGUGUGGGUGAGAAAGCAAAACAGGUCAGCAGUGCCUCAGCAGACUGGGAACCUUCACAGGAGGAAGCAGCCCUCUGCAGACUCAGGUCUUUGCUGAGAGGGAUAGUCAAGACAGGACUCCUUCAUUUACAAGAUCAUCUACGUCAAGGUGAAGACUUGAAUCAUCAUCUGCCAACCUCCAAACUCAAAUCCUCACUGGUUACUAUGACCAACACCAAAGGCUGAACUUCUCAGAUCCCCCCUUUGACAGAGGAGGAUGGGUGAUGGACCCAUGAAAUUCAGCAGUCUCCCUCCUCUUCAUUCCAUCCUCUCAUGGAGCAUACCAUUAGACCACGGCCCUCCUGGAACAACGCGUCUGCCGCCUCCACAUUCCAAAACUCUUUUCGGCCAAAUGUCUCCAACAUAACCAGACAAAUCGGAACUACCGAUAAUGGGAUAGAUCUGAAUCAGAUCUUGGGGCUGUGUGCUAUGCUCGUCAUGGACGUCCUGGCGGUGGUGGGGAACUUGGCUGUAAUGAUUGUCAUCACUAAAACGCCACAGCUGAGGAAGUUUGCCUUUGUGUUCCACCUCUGUCUGGUGGAUCUGCUGGCGGCGCUGCUGGUGAUGCCGCUGGGGAUGCUGUCAGACCGGAUCCUGGAGGAUGAGGUCCUAUGUCGAAGCUACCUCUGCCUGAGUGUGUGUCUAGUGAGCGCUGCCAUCCUCACCAUCUGUGCCAUCAACGUGGAGCGGUACUACUACAUCGUCUAUCCCAUGCGUCAUGAGGUGAAGAUGACGGUCGGGGUGGUGGUAGCGGUGCUAGUUGGGAUCUGGAUUAAAGCUCUCGUCAUGUCGAUAUUGCCCCUGCUAGGAUAUCUGUUUCAGGAUUCCCCAACUGUGGGGACUCCUGAAGUCCUCCUUCCCAGUAAGAGACACUGCUCCCUCCACUGGACAGGAGGCAGGACCACACGUCUUGUUUUCAUGGUUUUCUUUACUGUAAUCUAUUUUCUGUGCCCCAUGCUGAUCAUUUUGGUGGUCUACUGCAAUAUGUUUAAGGUGGCCCGAGUAGCAUCCAUGCACCAUGGUCCCAACCCCACCUGGGUGGACACAUCAAGACAACGCUCUGACUCUGUCAGCAGCCACUCCACCAUGGCAGCAAGCCUUGGAGGCACCGGAGCACGUACAACUCCUCAAAGGACCUUCAGUGGUGGGAAGGCCGCAGCAGUUUUGGUGGCAGUCGGUGGUCAGUUCUUCUGCUGCUGGCUGCCAUAUUUCUCCUUUCACCUCUACUCGGCUGUCAUUUCCACCGCGCCGGCCUCACUGACCCAACUGGAGGACUUGGUCACAUGGAUCGGCUACUUCUGCUUCACCUCCAACCCCUUUUUCUACGGCUGCCUGAACCGUCAGAUUCGAGAGGAGCUGGGCCGCCACCUGGCUUGCAUCUUCAAGAGGGCCGGGCCCGUCGAGGGGGAGCAGCUGCCAAGCCGCGAAGCCUCCAUUGAGGAGAACUUUUUACAGUUCCUCCAGGGCACUGGAUGCAAUCUGGAGCCCUGCAACUCUCACAGCAGAGCGAGCCCGGAGGAGGCAGGAACUGAAGGUCUUCAAGAAUCAGCUGUUGAGCAGAACACGCCAGCUGACUUCCCCAUCCCAGGGCAGAUCCUAGAGGAAACCGCAGAGUUCAUACAGCAGCAAGAGCUGAACAAUGAGCUUUGUGUGUCAGAGAACUGCUGCAAGACUGUGCCAGAGAUAUAACUGCCUCAUGUACUGUUUCUUCUGCCAUCUAAUAACCCUAUGAACAUGUUUAGUUUUAUUCAUAGUGUUUCUUAUUCAUGCUGCAACAUUUUUUUUCCCUAGUGACAGAUCAAGCGCACUGCAAAAUGUGUUCUAGAGUUGGGCUUUGGGUCAGAACCCGAUGAGCCCUUGAAGAAUUCCAGUUUUGCGCAUCGCUGACUGCCCCGUUACAUGUUUUGGGAGUCAUAUUGUGUCAUGCGGUUUUUGCUUUGCGUCACAUAACACUUGAUGUUUUGGUUACAGUUCAAGUGACGUGACGAACUUUGUAUAAACAUGAAGCGACUCUGAGACAAUGCAAGAGCAUAAAUCAGGGAUAGAGUAGUUUUAAGUGCUGAAUGACUUCUUUAAUAUUCUCCAGAAAUGUAUUUAUUUAUUAAGUGUUCAACAUCUAUUAGCACUUUCCAUAAAAACAAAGUGAUCCUGGGCUAAUGCACAAAGCAAAGCGCUGUUUUUUAUGUCAAAAAAGGUGGAUUUGUAUAUUGGGGUUUUUUUUGCCCUUUUGAUAAUUUUAUUUAAAUAUUUUGAUUUCAAAACAAAAGAGAACCUCCUUUACAAUUAGUCCGAAUUGACUCGGACAUAAAUAUCGAUAAAUGUUCUAAACUGGUGGUUCUCAAAUUGUUGUUUUUUUUAACAAGUAUCACCUUGGUAAGCAAUACCUUCUCUAAAGUACCGCCCUACUAUCAACACGACAGGACCUGGAAACCAUCUUCACUGAGACGCUUAAAUACAAGCCCCAUUUUUACAGACACUGAAUUUUUCCAGUUUGAAGAAAAAGUCAACAACGAGGUUCAUAUAAAAAUCAUAAUUGUAAGAGAGAAAACAGGAGGUUUCUGAUCUGAAUUUAUUGUGAUACACACAGUUAAAAGAAACAGUGCCAUAUAGCCUCUUUUGUAGAACUUGUUGCUGCAGCCUUUGCACAAAAUGUAGAGAAAAAACAUUGCCAUUAGCUUGUGUUGCUAACAGCAGUUAGCUAAGUAGGCUAACUAAGCACAUCAGUUAGCAAAUCCAACUGGUUUUUGAUUUGAUUUCUAACAUGGUUCAGUCAGAGACCAAAUUUUUAACGUUGGGUGUAAUUGGAGCAAAACAUAUGUAAUCUGGUUGUCUUGGGUUUACUAUCUUCUGCUGAAUCAAAGUCAAUUUGUUUGCUUUUACUUUGGAAAUUAUAGUUUAAAAAAAAAGUAUGCUAAAUGCAGCCCAAGAACCACAAUUCAAAAGUCACGGAUUUAAGCUAAUUGAGAAAAAAUAACAACUAAAACGUGCAGAAAAAAAAGUGCUUCAAAAACUUGAAGAAAGAUAUUUUCUACUUUUACUAAAGAUUUUAAGGUAUUGCAUUGAAUCAUCUGUUUUCAUCAUGUACUUAUUUUCUGUUUUCACUGCACACCACCAAGGAAAUAAAGGCUACAAUAUUCCAAAGGCUUUAAAGAAAAAAAAAUGAUGCGUUGAAGUAACGUAACUUUUAUUGUGUUGAACAGGAUUGUUUCGCAGCUUUUGCUGCGGCUGGUAUUUAUAAUAAACAGGCGGAGAGUGUAUUUUUAGCCAUUUUCCAGAAUGUUAUUAUCAUGUUUAUCUGUUCUUAGUCUUGUGAUUAUCACCUCCUCACCAAAAUGGGAGACUCGUGAUUUCAGCCCCUUCCACUCAAAGACAAACAUUGUGGAUGGUUUAGUUUGUUUAUCAGCAGUGGUGCAGCGGGGUUAUAGGCUCCGUCAGAAAACAGCCGCCUUGCCAUGUUAGAAAAACUGCAGGAACAAAACGUGGCGCUCAUUACACCCAGUGAUGUCUGCGCUGUUUACAGGUAAACACCAGAGCGGUGUGAACACUCCCGUGUUUGUGCAAUAAACAACCAGGCUUGUUGUGGCUACACACAGCACAGAGGUGUGACAACCCUCACACACAUGGAAAGCUUUGCCUUUGGCCUCGUUUAGCAACAAAUGGAAGACACCGGAGACACUUCUUCUGUUCCCAGGCGGAAAGCCAGACGGUUUGUUCAAGUCACACUGCAGUAGUGACCGACGUCGUAAAGACGACAGAUUUGCUGAUCUCUAAAGAAAAGGCACCUUUUGUGCUGUUUCCCUCUAUUUUGGACUCGUCUCGUACGGGAAAGUUGGCGAGAUCACAAGACUCUGAACACAAGGCAAACAGCCAAAACAAAACAAAAAAAAAGGCUUUUUGUCAGGGGGAACACAUAGCACUCUUAAUUUCCUUGCUGUUUGACUUUGUUGCAGACAUGUUUUAAAAUGUUUAUUUUUGAAGAAUAAAAAAAAUAAUAAUUUAA